GCCGCGAUGCAUCUUGGGACUGUUGAGACUUCCGUGACCCCCGAAAGCUCCGAAGUGGGAAACGGAGCGAAGGAAGGUCCGUCUGUGACUAGAGGAUUUAUGUUUACAAACCAGUGGAGGGGGCCAGGGAGAUGGCGGGGCGGCCUCAGAGCCUCCGAGCCCGGAAGUCUCUGCUCUCUGCGGGGUGGAUCCGAAAGGGAAGCCGGAAGGAGCGGAACUUCCGCUAGAGGCGCGCCGCAGCCUGGACCGGUUUUCUCAGAGAUUAAACCAGAAGAAAACGAUGUGGUGACCAUUUCUGAGCCCAGCUAUUCCAUAUGGAAUGCAGUGUAUGCCGUGGCCCAUGCCCUCCAUAAAACACUGUUGAGCAAAAUUGAAAUGGGUUCUAAAGAAGAAAGAAACACGGACUGGCUUCUACCAUGCCAGAAUGCAUUGACCUAUGAUGAUGUGCAUGUGAAAUUUACUCGAGAAGAAUGGGCUUUGCUGGAUCCUUCCCAGAGGAGUCUCUACAAAGAUGUGAUGCUGGAGACCUAUAGGAACCUCACUGCUAUAGGCUACAAUUGGGAAGAUCAUAAUAUUGAAGAGUAUUGUCAAAGUUCUAGAAGACAUACAAGGUAUGAAAACAGUCAUACUGAAGAGAAAUCCUCUGAAGAUAUUCAGUAUGAUGAAGACUUUGCACAUCACAGUAGUCCCCACACAUAUAAAAGAAUGCAAAGUGGUGAGGAUCACUAUGAAUGUUACCAAUUUGGUAAAGUCUUUGCUCAUAACAGUAAUCUCCUAAGGCAUAGAAGGACACAUACUGGAGAAAAACGUUAUGAAUGUAAUCAAUGUGGCAAAGCCUUUAGACAUAACUGUCAUCUCCUAAGACAUACAAGAACUCACACUGGAGAGAAACCUUAUGAAUGUAACCAAUGUGGUAAAGCCUUUACAUGUAACAGUCAUCUCCUAAUACAUAAAAGAACUCAUACUGGAGAAAAACCUUAUGAAUGUAACCAAUGUGGUAAAGCCUAUGCAUAUAAUUCUACUCUCCUAAUACAUAAAAGAACCCAUACUGGAGAGAAACCUUAUGAAUGUAACCAAUGCGGUAAAGCCUUUGCAUGUAAUUCUACUCUCCUAAUACAUAAAAUUACUCACACUGUAGAGAAAUCUUACCAAUGUAACCAGUGUGGUAAAGCCUUCACAUGUAAUCGUUAUCUCCUAAGACAUAAAAGGAUACAUAUUGGGGAACAACCGUAUGAAUGUAACCAAUGUGGUGAAGCCUUUACAUGUAACAGUUUUCUCCUAAGACAUAAAAGAACUCACACUGGAGAGAAACCUUAUGAAUGUAACCAGUGUGGCAAAGCCUUUACACAUAACUGUUAUCUCCUAAGACAUACAAGAACUCACACUGGGGAGAAACCUUAUGAAUGUAACCAAUGUGGUAAAGCCUUUGUAUUUUACAGUAAUCUCCUAAGACAUAAAAGAACUCAUACUGGAGAAAAACCUUAUGAAUGUAACCAGUGUGGUAAAGUCUAUGCAUAUAAUUCUACUCUGCUAAUACAUAAAAGAACACACACUGGAGAGAAACCUUAUGAGUGUAACCAAUGUGGUAAAGCCUUUGCAUGUAACAGUAAGCUCCUAAUACAUAAACGAACACACACUGGAGAGAAACCUUAUGAGUGUAACCAAUGUGGUAAAGCCUUUGCAUGUAACAGUGAUCUUCUAAGACAUAAAAGGACACAUACUGGAGAGAAACCUUAUGAAUGUAACCAAUGUGGUGAAACCUUUACACGUAAUAGUUUUCUCCUAAGACAUAAAAGAACUCACGCUGGAGAGAAAACUCAUGAAUGUACCCAAUGUGGCAAAGUCUUUAGACAUAACAGUCAUCUCCUAAGACAUACAAGAACUCACACUGAAGAGAAACCUUAUGAAUGUAACCAAUGUGGUAAAGCCUUUGUAUUUUACAGUAAUCUCCUAAGACAUAAAAGAACUCAUACUGGAGAAAAACCUUAUAAAUGUAACCAAUGUGGUAAAGUCUAUGCGUAUAAUUCUACUCUGCUAAUACAUAAAAGAACACACACUGGAGAGAAACCUUAUGAAGGUAGCCAAUGUAGUAAAGCCUUUGCACAUAAGGGUGAUCACCUAAGACAUAAAAGGACACUCAGUAGAGAGAAAACUUAUGAAUGUAACCAAUGUGGUAAAGCUUUUACAUGUAACAGUCAUCUCCGAAGACAUAAAAGAACACACACUGGUGAAAAGCCUCAUGAAUGUAAGCAGUGUGGUAAAGUCUUUGCAUGUAACAGUCAUCUCCUAAUACACAAAAGAACUCACGCUGGAGAGAAAACUCAUGAAUGUACCCAAUGUGGUAAAGCCUUUGCAAGUAACAGUAAUCUCCAAAGCCAUAAAAGGACACACACCGGAGCAAAACCUUAUGAGUGUAACCAAUGUGGUGAAGCAUUUGCAUACAAUAGUGAUCUCCUAAGACAUAAAAGAAAACACACGCCUCAUUAAUGUAACCUAUGUGGUAAAGCCUUUGCACAGAACUGUCAUCUCGUACUACACAAAAGAACACACUCUGGAGAGAAGCCUUACAAAUGUACCCAAUGUGAUGAUGUCUAUGCAUUUCGGAAUAGUCUCUGAAAAUAUAAAAGAACACACCCUGGAGAAAAAUCUUGUGAAUGUAAUCAAUGUGGUAUGACCUUUGUACAACACAGUCAUCUCCUAAUACAUAAAAAUGCAUACUGCAGAAAAUCCUUAUAAAUGUAAUGUCAUAAAGGCUUGUAACAGUCAUCUCCUAGGACAAGAAAACAUACUGGAGUGAAACUCUGAAUGUAACCAGUGUGACAAAGCCUUUGCAUGGUAUAAUAAUCUACAAAUACAUAAAAGAACACACACUGGAAAGAAACUUUAUGAAUGUAGCCAAUGUGGAAAAACCUUUACAUGUAAUAGUCAUCUUUGAAGACACAAAGAACACAUACUGAAGAGAAGCCUUAUGAAUGUAACCAAUAUGGUAAAAUUUUUGCUCUUCAGAAUCAUUUUCAAAGCCGUGAAAGAAUUCAAACUGGACAGAAAAACUCUGACUGUAUUUAACAUGGUGAAGCUAUCCACAUUUGUAUAAUCAUCAUCAUAAACGAAUUCAUACUGGAGAGGAACCUUAUGACUGUGUUAAAAUGUGAGGUCGUUGCACAUAUCUAUAUUCUUCAUCCUCAGAAAAUUUCUGGAGAGAAAUUCUGUGACUGUAAGCAAUGUGAUAAGGCCUUUGUAUUCUUCAUCCACUGAAUCCAAUACAAGUCAAACACUACUGGUUUAUUAAGUCCCCAUAACAUUCUUGGGAGCUGAACUGUGACCCCUACCCACCUAUUUGAGCCAGAUACAGAGCUUCUGUUCUUGAAAAUCAUAAACAUAUGUGCCAGUUUACACCUAAUUUUUUUUAAUCAUGAUUUAGGGAUAUGUGGUUUGCUUACGUCACUGAGGAAGUCACCUGAGGCAAAAUGUAGGUUUUUACAAUCCUAUCAAUCAAAAUCAUUUGUUCUUUUAUGGUUAGGAAAAGGUAUUUUGUUUUAGGGAAGAGAAGCUAUGGUUUGGGCCAGUCAUUAUGUUAGGAGACCAUAAACCAUAAUAUGGAGCAAUCAUGUUUUGGGGAACAAAAGAUGAAUGUUGAAAGCUGAUCAGCUAUUGGGAAGUCUGCAGCUUUCUGAGGGACUAUGAACUUAAACUUAGGUUCACCCUAUAAUUCAAUAUAAGCUAGUAUCUAAAAGGCAAUGCUGAUGACAAAUUUACAUGUUCCAAUAUGCACAUUAGUUUUGCAUAUUUUGCAUAUCACAGUCAUCUUUAAGUAUAUAAAAGAACAGAUAGAAACCUUACACAUGUAAUCAAUGUGAUAAAGCUGUUAACACAGUUAUCUCCAGAUACAUAGAAAAAUGCAUACUACAGUGAAACCCUAUGAAUAAGCAAUGUGGUAAAGCCUUUUCAUGUAGUUGUCUUUGAAAUAAUGAGAAAAAUUCAUGGUGCAGAGAAACCCUAUGAAUGUAGUCAAUAUUGUGCUUCGUGGUACCUUUAUAAAAGAUUAAAAGCUUUAAUGUUUGAGCAAACUGUUAAAACCUUUGCAUAUCACAGUAAUCUUGAGAAGCUGAAAGAACUCAUUCUGAAGGAAAUCUGUUAGGAUAAAAGAUUUGUUAAGAUCUUUCACCAACCAACUUGCAUUUGGUUACAGGAGAUUUGGAGGUAAAUUCUAACAAGUGUCAACAAUGUAUUCACACAUUAUGACAUCCAUCCUUAUUUUGUUUACAAUUGAAAGUUCAUAUGAUAAAAGACCUAUGAAUUUAAGCAAUAAGAUAGCCAUUUUAGCUUUCAGAAUUCUCUUCUAUUAUAGGAAGUAAAUCAUUCUGCUAUAAAAUUUAUGUAUGUGUGUUAGGCCUUUUCUGUGAAAAAAACAAUGAAUGUCUAAGGCAACAUUCAAAUGGAUUUAAUUUGCCUUAUAAUUCUAGAGGGAUAUGGGAUCACUAUAAAAUGGGCAUCACAAGUGUCACACCUGUCAGCUAAAAUAAGAACUGGGAACUCACAUCCUCAACUUGCAGCAUGAAGCAGAGAGUGGGAACUACAAAUGGUAUGAAGGUGAAAACGAUCAAGCCCAUUUCAAGUAACAUACUUCCUUCAGGAGGACUACAUUUCCUAAACAUUCCCAAAUGUUAGCACCAACUGAAAAGGAUUCAUUUCUCUGACUUCAAGCCUACAUGUUUGAUUUCUGUUACAUGCAGGAAUUCAUGAUGAAGGAAACCUCUGUAUAUAAGCCUGUAUUUUCCUCAACAAGAAUGAAUGCUUACACAAGUAAAGCAUUCACAGUAAACAUAUUUUUAAAAAUUUGUGUUGAUUUCCAUUAUGUGAUAUCAGUGUGUAUGUUCUUGUCCAUUUUUGUUUCCAUGAUGAUCAGACCAUUUGAUCUUCUUGUAGCAGGAAUUAGUAGUUUUCAAAAACUUGACCUAGGUCCUGAGAAUGAACUUGUCUUAACUGCACAGCCAUGUCUCUGGGACUAUCAAUAUCUUAAGUACUUUAUAUUUCAUCUUGAUGUUAAGAAGUAGAAAAGGAUUCAUAGAGAGAGUAACCCUAAUUAUAUAAAACUUUUGAUGACUUUGGACAUAAUGUAUUGAUUUUCAAGAAAAUAAACUUUUUUUUAAUGUUUUCAGCAUAGUCUUGGAGGAAGUAAAAUAUUUACCAUGUUCACUUAAAUGUAAUGGAGGAGAUCACAAAUUGUGGUUGUGGUCUAUAUUUUGAAACAUUGGAGUAGGUAUUGAAGUUUGCUGAAUGUGGAGCAAAUUCACUGACAGAAGUUUAUUAGGUCAUUCAGAUAAUUUUUUCUGUGGCUGCUGUUCAUCUACUUCAUUUCCACUUGGGGAUAGGUAUUUUUCUGCUUCAAUGUAUAGAAUGGUAUCCCCAUCAUCUAUGUGAUCAAUUUCUUAUUUUUAUCUGGCGGUGUGUGAUCAUAAUUGUCAAGGAAGGGUCUCCAAGAAAGCAUGGUGCUUUUGUUUUUAAUAUUUUCACAAAAUUCUUUAAGAUGUUUGUUUUCAAACCAAGGCUACACUUGAAAUAUUCAUUCUCAUAUGCCCACCCUUCUGAGUACAAGUGAUUGGUAGGAAGAUGUUCCUCCAAUGUUUUCUGGUUGGCAACAUAUUUUUACUAACAUUAAUGUUAAAAUGCUUAAUUGUAUGUAUGUGUGUAUUGUCUGAAGUUCCGUGCUUUUUCAUGUUCACGUUAUUUACUAUAUAUGACAUCAUGUUGAAGGUCUGCCUUCCAGUGGAAUUAUCUAGAGGUUCUAGCUAAUGUAACAAUAAUGAGAUAUAUUUCAAGAAAGUAUCUUGUAUAUAUGUAAUGUGAUUGUGUGUUCUUAGGCCAUGACAGAUACGUGAAGACUUGAUGACACUUUUGGGGUUAUAUUUUGACCAUUCUUAUGUGAUGGCCAAGGUCUGUUGCCAGUUUUGCAUGCCACAAACAUUCCCCACUGAGCUCAAUGAUACUCAGAUAAACUUAGCUGAAACAUUACGUCAGUAAAAUAUUGUCUUCUAUUUAGAUUAUAAACAUUGUCAUCUAAGGAUGAAAGAAAAUGAAAUGAUUUGAAUAAUAAACACUGUUUAGCCUUGCCUUGUC